AUGACACUUGGGGAGAAACCUGAAGCUAUGUUUAGGCUUAAGGCAGAACAUGAGAAGAGGACACAGAAGCAAGAGUUACUGGAACCUUUACAAGAAACAGAAGAUGAAAACAGCGGAGCAUCUCAGGAGACGAUCGAGAGAUGCACAUACCCACAUAAAUACAAAAAAAGGGACCAGCCCCGCCAACAAGCCGGCGAAGCACCGACUCAGGAAGCCACCGAGGAGCAGUGCACUAUCUGCCUCUGCACUUUGGAGGAAGGGGAAGAUGUGAGACGUCUUCCUUGCAUGCACAUUUUUCAUCGAGUGUGCAUCGACCAGUGGCUGGCUACGACUACGAGAUGCCCCUUAUGCAGAGGGGACAUCGAAGACCAGCUGCCACAUGAAAAUUAA